UUUGGGAAUAUUAUAUAUUUACUUCACUCCACUCCACACUAUCAAAACUGAAAUAUAAAGAACACAUUUAUGCAUACGCACAUCAAUCCAAACCUGCUGCGCUAUUCCUCAACCACUUUUCUUUACCAUUAUUAGCAAAAAUGCUUCGAUAAAUAAUAGAAAACAAACCAAUUUCUUCAAAGCGGUCACCCACAUUUCUUCUCUACUCGAAAAUUAAAUUAAAUUAAAUCCAUGGAGAAAAAACCCACUUUUUUUGCUGCAAUUCUAGUGCUCCUGUUUCUCGCCAUUGAUGCUUCUUCUGCUGCUUCGAAGAAGCCCAUUUACUCAUCGAAGCUGAUUCACAGAUUCUCCGGAGAAGCGAAGAAUCUGUUGGGUUUGAGCGGCAAAACGGCGUCGUGGCCGGAGAAGAAGAGCUUCGUGCAAAUGAGAGCGCUUCUGGGUAGUGAUUUUCAGCGGCAGAGAUUGAGGCUCGCCGCCCAGAAUCAGACUUUCGCCGCCUCUCACGGCGGCGGACAGACUUUCAACUACGGCAAUGACAUGGGUUGGUUACACUACGCAUGGAUCGAUAUCGGAACACCAAACAAUUCUUUUCUCGUGGCAUUGGAUACCGGAAGUGAUCUCUUUUGGCUUCCUUGUGAUUGUAUUGAAUGUGCUCCACUUUCUUUAAGUUACUACAGCAUGCUGGAAAAAGAACUAGGGGAAUAUAGCCCGUCACGUUCAAACAGCAGCAAGAUCUUUUGUUUCCUCGUUUGCAGUUGUGGUAGCAAACAAAGUGGCGAAUAUUUAAAAGGAAUUGCACCAGACGGUCUUAUGGGAUUAGGUCCCGGCGAAAUUUCCGUUCCAAGUUUGCUUUCAAAAUCGGGACUUAUUCCACACUCAUUCUCGUUUUGCUACGACAAAAGUUACUCCGGUCGACUUUACUUUGGCGACGAGGGUCCCACAUCUCAAAGCUCCACUUCUUUUUUACCAUUAAAAGAAACUAGGGCUUACAUUGUUGAAGUGGAAGGUUAUUCUGUGGGGAGUUCUUCUCUAAAGGAAACGGGAUACAAAGCGCAGGUUGAUACCGGUUCAUCGUUCACUUAUCUUCCUACUGAGAGCUACGAACAUGUUGCUUCUGAGUUUCACAGGCAAGUUAAUGCUACAAAGAUAACGACGCAAAAUUUCGAGAACUGUUACAAGGCUCGUUCGCUCAACGUAGAAAACAUACCUAGCAUGAAGCUCGUUUUCUCGACGAACCAAACCUUUGUAAUUGAAAAUCCCAUGUUCCACAUUGCAGAUGAUCAGGGAGGUGUGUAUUGCUUAGGCAUACUACCUAUAGAUGGAGAUAUCGGCAUCAUUGGGCAAAACUUUUUGAUGGGUUACCGUUUGGUUUUCGAUUGGGACAAAAUGAAGCUGGGUUGGUCUACCUCCAAUUGUGAAGAUAUCGACAACGGUGGGAAGUUUCACAUAACACCGUCUCCGAGCGACAGCGAAUCAUCACCGUACCCUUUGCCAACAAACCAGCAACACCAAAACCCUAACGGGCACUCCGUUGCGCCAGCUGUCGCUGUUAGAGCUCCUCCAGAACCCUCCGCAGCAGCUUCUCCUAUACUCGGACCGUAUCACUCUCGUUUUAUUAUAAGUUAUUUCCCGCUAUUAAUCUGGAUUGCUUAUAUAGUAUCGUCUUAAGUGGGCUCCGAGAAUCCUUAUACAUAUACUUAUGCAUAUAUAUAUAUAUAUGUAAAUCCAGUUUCAUUUCCGUAAUCUUAAUCAUCGUUUCUAUCUACCUUAGUCCAUAUCCCAGUUUCUUGAUUCCAUUGCAUUAUGAAUCUGUAGACUUGACCAUGGUUCAAUAGGUGGUUAACGAGUUGGUUGACCGAGUCAAUGGAUUGUUGAGUUGGACUCUUGACCGGGUCCAUGAGUAGAUGGGCUGGUUAAGGGUCGAGUUUGACCCGACCCGUUUAACUGACUGUUCGAAUAAUGGCUUUUAUGCGUCAAUUUUUUUAGUCUUUUUAGGUUU